AGUAACGACGUCGUAAUGUAUGAAAAAGGAAAGAGCUUAAACAAAGUUGACAGUCUCCGAUUGGCUUCAAAUAAAACGCAGAGUUCAUCUUUCAGUCCAAAUUGGUAUUUCAUCUUCACUUUCAUUCCCUGAAAAUUCAAUCGAAGAAGAAAAUGUCGGUGCAAGAAUAUCUGGAUAAGCACUUGCUAUCUCGGAGAAUCGAAGACGCUGUCAAUGCUGCCGUUAGAGCUAAAACUUCCGAUCCGGUCCUCUUCAUUUCGAAUCACAUGAGGAAAGCUGUACCAUCGGUGAUAACUAAGGUGAAAGCCCGGCAGAUAUUGGAUAGUAGAGGGAUUCCGACCGUCGAAGUUGAUUUGCACACUAACAAAGGACUCUUCCGUGCUUCUGCUCCCAGUGGUGCUUCAUCGGGAAUGUAUGAGGCGAUUGAACUGCGUGAUGGAGAAAAAGGAACUUAUCUUGGAAAUAGUGUGAAUAGAGCUGUCAAGAAUAUUAAUGAGAAAAUUUCAGUAGCAUUGGUUGGUAUGGAUCCAACUCUUCAAUCUCAGAUUGACCAGGUCAUGAUAGACUUGGACAAAACAGAAAAUAAGAGUGAACUUGGAGCGAAUGCUAUUUUAGCUGUCUCCAUAGCUGCUUGCAAAGCUGGAGCUGCUGAAAAAGAGGUUUCUCUUCACAAACACAUUGCUGAUCUUUCUGGUCAAACAAGCCCGCUUCUUCCUGUUCCGGUCUUUACUCUCAUAAGUGGAGGAAAACAUGCUGGAAACAACUUGGCUAUUAAGGAGAUAAUGAUUCUUCCAGUGGGAUCAAACACAUUUGAGGAGGCUUUACAAAUGGGUUCGGAGACCUAUCAUCAUUUGAAGGCAGUUAUUACAGAGACAUAUGGUGCACAUGGAUGUAAUGUUGGUGAAGACGGCGGUUUUACUCCCAACAUCUCCAGCUUAAGAGAUGGCUUGGACCUUGUUCAAAAGGCUAUUGGGAGAACUGGAUACAAUGAGAAAAUAAAGAUAGCAAUUGGUGUUGCUGCCACUGAGUUUUGCAUAGGUACAAAAUAUGAUCUAGAUUUUAAAACUCCAAAUAAAUCUGGACAAAAUUUUAAAUCAGGACAGGAUAUGAUUGAUAUGUACAAAGAACUGUGCGCAGACUACCCCAUAGCAUCAAUUGAAGAUCCAUUUGACAAGGAGGACUGGGAGCAUGUCAAGUACUUUUCGGGUCUUGGAAUAUGCCAGGUGGUAGGAGGUGACUUAAUAAUGUCAAAUCCUAAACGGAUCGAGAGAGCCAUACAAGAGAAGUCGUGCAAUUCCCUUCUUCUCAAGGUUAAUCAGAUUGGUACAGUAACGGAAGCCAUUGAAGUUGUCAAGAUGGCCAAGGAUGCCCAAUGGGGGGUUGUGAUAUCUCAAAGAAGUGGUGAAACUGAAGACAGUUUCAUAUCUGAUUUAUCUGUUGGCUUAGCUACUAGUCAAAUUAAAGCUGGUGCCCCUUGCCGAGGAGAACGACUUGCAAAGUACAACCAGUUGCUUAGAAUCGAAGAAGAGCUUGGUGAUCAAGCAGUUUAUACUGGUGAAAAGUGGAGGAACUGAUCUUUUUUCAUCAGAAUUCUUUUUUUGGGCAUUCUUCCUGUUGCUUCCAUUUAGCAGUGGCACUAUCUCUUUCAGUUUGCGGCAAAACAGCUGCAGUUUUGAACAUUCUUCCCACUGUGCAUUACAUUUGUAAAUGCUACAGUGUCUUCUAGCUUUGUACUAAUGAUUGCAGUUUGGGAGAUGAGCUUGUUUGUUCUGUGUAGUAGUAUUUACAUCUAAAAAUUCUGUAUCUAGGUACAUUUGUAGAAGAUCAACUUGAAGUGCAAAUCAUAAAUUAUUUGAGUAUUUUUUGCAA